GUCACGCUGCUGUCGCUCAUGAUAUAAACGUAUCACCGACGGUUAGCAUUCACAUUUGUACAGUUCGAAUUUAGCGAAAUAAGUCAAACUAAAUUUCUUCGACCAAAUAUUUUAUUUCUUCUUAUUUUUCAUACUUUUUACCAACAUCUAAUGACAAUGGUGGCUGAUGCGCUUGUGACUUCGCUUGAUUCUCGUAAGCUCUAUUUUCCCAAGUCCAUCAGUUCUAGUUUAAAAUGUGAGCGGUGCAAGAAUCUUUUAAGAAAACCCAAGCAAUCAACCUGUGGACACAGGUUCUGCCAGGAGUGCUAUGGACAACUGGUAAAUUACAAGAUGGUUUCAAAAUCUGCAAGAUAUAUUUUUAAGAAGCUCUGGCUGUAGUUCAACGAGAUUGAACCUAGAUUGUUACUGCUACAACUACGAAAAAGGCUGCAAAUGGCUUGGUCAACUACACGAUUUAGAGAAGCAUGAGAAAAGGUGCGAAUAUUCACUCAAGCAAUGUCCCAAUCCUGGCUGUAAUAAAAUGUAGAUGUAGAUGUAGAUGUAAUGAAAAUAUAGAAAGAAGACAUCUGGAUGAUCACGUGAAAAACACGUGCGACUUUAGACUGGUCGUGUGCGAGAACUGUGGUGCAAACGUGAUUCAUAGCAAUGAAAAGCUGCACAAUGAAAAAUGCCCAAAGGUUGAGGUCCAGUGUACCAAUGGAUGUGGAGCAAUGAUAGCACGAGGAGAWCUUGAGGAACACGUGACAAAACAAUGUGUCAAUGCACCGGUCGCCUGCGCAUUUGAACAAGGUGGCUGUCAUUUYAAAGGAUCACGAGGAGAUGUCGAAGAACACGAGUCUACAGCAAUACCACAACAUAUUCAGAUACUAGGCGACCAGCAGAAGGAAUCUUUUGAAAAUAUGCAGUAAUUGAAGGGUAAAAUCAAGAAGAGUGAGUCUAAGAAAGAGUAUCUUGAAUCACAAGUGAUGGAAAGCAGAGAAGCCUUAGCAUAUACCAAACAAGACCUGCAGACCCAGGGAACAAAGAUGGGGAUCCUAGAAAAGAACAUCACGAAACAAAAAGAAGAACUGGUAAAAAUAAAAGAAAUCCUAGAUAAUAUUCAACAGUAAAAAGGCUCGGAUACCGUAAUAGAGUCUCAAAUUGGGGAGAUUAUCUCGCUCUUAGAGAGUCAAGGAAAACGAAUAUCAGAUCUUGAAGGACAAUUGGUUCAAGAUCGAGAGACGUCUGGACUGGGUACUAGCUAUCUUGCUAAGAACUCGAUGAGCAGCGGCAGACGGCUUGAGAGGAAUGAGCACAUUACCGCUCUGAGUGAAGCUAGGAUCAAUCAACAUGACCGUAGACUACUGUCACGUAGGGAAAGUGGGGGAGUGAUACUUUCCCAACGGACACAAGGAUUCGGGUCGUUCUUCAGUUGCUUCCUUCUGCUUUAUUUUCUGUUGCUUGUAGUACUUUACAAUGAACUCAUCUGAACUCUGGUUAUGUCUCUUGACUAGCUGCUACUUCGCUGUGCUCUGUGCUAUCAGCUCUUAAUCGCUUACUCUCACUUACUCAACUGCCAACUGAACUGAACUCUGAAUGAGCUCGUAUUUAAGGGCUAAGCUUACGCAAUGCCUCACAUAACUGGUUUAUACUAGGCCAAACUAGAUUAGACCAGUUAGAUCAAGUAUGACGUAAGAGCUUGAGACAGGUGUUGACUUUAGGAAAAAGUACGAGCACUCAGUUCUAAGAGCUGACCCCGAAAAUCUACCGAUGAUGUUCGCUAACUUUACUAGUAUAGAGCGGAUUUCACUAAAGAUAUUCUAAAAUUAUAAGUAAGAUCAUUCUGAAAAAGUGAACAGAAAAAGGCUUAGGAAGUAGUUAUAUAUUUGUACAGUAAACAACCCUGCUCUUUUUCAGCACGCAUGUACAAAGUUUUACAUGAUGAAAACCCGUUUUCACUGGAAAAGUACAGUAGAUUUGCAGCUGUUGUUUACUAAAAAAAGUACUUCCCAGUUAGAAGUGUAAGGCCAUGUCAAUGAACAAACAUCCUUGACCCUCAGGUUACUGAACAAGUCAUUGGUCAAUGACAAGUUGUCUAUUGACGUGUCAUUAAAAUAAAGAGAUUUCCUUACAUUUGUUA